AAUGGCUUUAAAUUGGGGCUAAAGUGCGGUCACUCACACACAAAACCGAUCCAAAUUGGGGCCAAUAUAAUCGGGGGCAGUGAUGUAGCCCAUGGUGAAUUUCCCUGGCAAGUGAUACUCAAUUACGAUUUUGAUGGUCAAAAAACUGAUAACUGCGGGGCAACAAUAAUUAACGAGAAUUGGGUCCUAACGGCUGCCCAUUGUGUCAAAGAUAUGCCCGAAGCAAACAAAUAUAACAUACGGUUAAACGUUUACAACCGAACCACUCGUGACAGCACUGAACUCAACGUUAAGGCAAAAAAGUUGAUUGUCCACGAGCAUUACAAUCGGACCAUUAAAGUAAAUGACAUCGCUCUAAUCAAACUGAGCGAAACACUUGAUUUUAAUGGCAAACACAAAGCAGUGGAACCCAUAUGUCUGCCGAACCCGAGCACCAAACUGGCCGACAAGUGUGUGGCCACUGGUAUUGGUCUCAAUGAACAGGGACUUCAGCCGCAGAAAUUGCAGAAAGUGAACGAACCCUUAAGGGAUGAUAAGGUUUGUGCCGAUAUCUACGACAUCUACAACAGUGAUGUGGAUUUGUGUGGGGGAAGCGGUCAAAAGGGCGGCGUCUGUACGGGUGAUUCCGGUGGACCCCUGCAGUGUUUGGCCACCGAUGGUCUCUGGUAUCAGUUGGGCAUUACGUCAUACGGCGGCACAUGUGGUGAAGUGCCCGAUGUCUUUGUCAAAGUCCUUUCAUUCAUUCAUUGGAUUGAAAAGAUUGUGACAUACAAU